UAAGUGCUAUUGCUUUGUCUAUUAAUCAUCCUCUUAUUACGCAAGUUGUUUCUCAGGAUAGACAAGACAAAAAAAAUGAAUUUUGCAUUACUUGCAAAGAUAAAGCAAGUAAAGAAAUUGCCGCUGAAUUUACCGGAAACUAUUGCCAACACCCUUUAACUCAGGAAAAAUUAUCAAUUUGGGUAACCAAUUUUGUGGUUGGUGAAUACGGAACCGGGGCAGUAAUGAUUAAUGCUUUUUCUCCAGAAAUAUUUCAGCAUAAAGAAAUACCUAAUCUGAUUAGUGAAAAAGAAUUAAAACAAAAUAAAGAAGUUGAUUAUGCUUUUGCGAUAAAAUAUAAUUUACCAAUAAAAAAAAUUUUUCAAAUAAGCAAUCAAGAAAAAAAAUUAAGCGGUUUUUUUAUUAAUUCCCCUUUAAUUAAUGGUUUAGCUAAUAAAGAAAAGGCUAUUGAAAUUAUUAAUCAACAUUUAGAAAAAGAAAAAAAAGGCCAAAAAGAAGAAUUUUAUCACCUAAAAGACUGA